GGCCCAAGCCGGUUGCGCGUGCGCAAUAACAGUGUGUGUAGGGGGGGUCCAAGAUGGCGGUGUCUGUGUACCGUUCUUGUUUUCGGCGCUGGAGAACUGGCUUCCAAUGGGGCUGCAAGCUACGACAGCUGAGCGAGACGCAGGGGCCUCCGGAUUACCGCAGCUUUGUGGAGUCCACAGAUGAGUUCCAGUUUGUGGAGCGCCUCUUACCUCCCACCACGAUCCCAAAGCCACCGAAGCAUGAACAUUAUCCCACUCCUAGUGGCUGGCAGCCUCCUAGAGAUCCCCCACCCAAUUUGCCCUACAUUGUGCGGCGCUCCCGAAUGCACAACAUCCCUGUCUACAAAGACAUAACACAUGGCAACCGCCAGAUGACUGUUAUUAGGAAAGUGGAGGGAGAUAUCUGGGCCCUGCAGAAGGAUGUGGAAGACUUUUUGAGCCCACUGCUGGGGAAGACACCUGUCACCCAGGUUAAUGAGGUGACAGGUACCUUGAGGAUCAAGGGCUACUUUGAUGAGGAACUCAAAGCCUGGCUCCUCGAGAAGGGCUUCUGAGGCCUGUUGAGCAGCCUGCGUGGACUAACUGGAGCCUGGGAACCUUGGGAGGAAGUGGGUAUUGGAGUCCCUGGCAAGGAUACAAAGACCACACUUGAAGGUUUGGGCAGAGCAGGAGUAAGAGCUAAUGGGUUUUGGGGUCAGAUCUUGCUUUUGCAAAGGGGAAAUGGGCAUGUGUCCACUGGCAGAGCUGUACAGUAUGGGACACCCACCAGGAAUGGCCAAGAUAGUAAGAGGCAUUAACUGCUGUCCUUUCUGUCAGUGGCCUGCUUUGGUGAGCUCCUUGGGUUUAAUUAUUCAAAUUUAUGGGAUAUAAUCUGGUAGAAGCAUAGCCCAUCCUGGCCGAGGGGAGGGUUCAAGGGCAGGCCCAUUCCUGCUCCCUGCUGGGAACACUGAUGAGACCUUGUUCUAGGCCAGACCUGGUGUGGUGGAGACUGUAAAAUACAGAUGACUCAGGCAGGGGCCUAAGCGCCAAGUGCAUUGCUGUGAACUGGGGCAGUGCAGUGGGGGCAGCCUCACAGACAGGGAGGCCUCUCUCAGAUCUCUGUGCCAUUCCAGACUGGGGCCUGAUUGAGUGGGUUUCUAGCUCCAGGAGUUAAGUAAUUAGCUCUGGGUGGCCUGACCACAAGGGAGUGCCUGGGAGCUCCUUGGAAGUCCUUGCUGGGCCUUCCCACCAUGCUGGCCCGGAGUCCAGGCUGGACAGGUAUCUGUAGGCAAGAAGAUGCAGGCCUCUCAUCCCUGCCAUCCCAUCCCAACAUUAGCCAAGUAGCCUUCACACUUGCCCAUCCCUGGAGUCACAAGGGCCAAAGGCCUCACCUCACUGUCAGACUGGCUAAGGCAGUGUUUAGAUCCUGUCAGCCCUACUUGAUCUUUGACCCAAGACAGGCACUAAGCUUCUCUGAGGCUGUUUCUCAGUGUGUCAAAUGGGUAUGUUAAUCAACAGUGUCUCGUUCCUGGGGGUUUCAGGCCAUUCUCAAAUUUAGUCUCUGCCAGGAAGAGGAGCUGGACCUUACCCUAUGACACAAGCCCACCAAUUGUUAAUGCAAGUUUUUAUUUGGCUGUAUAUACAAUUUAAGCUAUUAAAAUUUGUACAAUAUUUACAAAUUAAA